AUUGGAAGUUUAUCACUAAAAAAAUAUCUUUUUAACUAAAACAAAUAUAUCAUAUUGUUUUAUUUAUAUAAUCAUAAAAAUAGAAUAAAAAAAUAAUUGUAACUAAGAACAUUAUUAGUGUGCUUUAGACGCCAAAUAAGUAUAGACCGGCACUGCUUAAUGGCGCUAAAUCCUUUGGUCCUCAACAUGUAACAGGACAUUCUUCACUGUCACGACUGGUCCAGUGCUCCAGUUUCAUGGUUGUUCAAGGAUCAUUACACGCAUUACGGUCUAGUUAAAACCCGUGUUGUCUUCACAAUCCAUAAUUUGGAAUUUGGGGCUGGUGCCAUUGGCAAAGCCAUGACAUUUGCAGAUAAAGCGACUACAGUGUCACGAACGUAUGCCAAGGAAGUAGCUGGAAACUCUGUAAUCUCUCCACAUUUAUACAAGUUCCACGGAAUAGUAAACGGUAUCGACCCUGAUAUAUGGGAUCCAUAUAACGAUAGCUUCAUACCCGUUCCUUAUACAUCAGAAAACGUCGUAGAAGGCAAAAGAGUAGCCAAGGAAGAACUGCAAAACAGGCUUGGACUACAGAGUGCUGAUCUUCCUGUAGUGGGAAUCGUUACGCGUUUAACUCACCAAAAAGGAAUACAUUUGAUCAAGCACGCUAUUUGGCGUACCUUGGAACGCAAUGGACAGGUUGUGUUGCUAGGUUCAGCACCGGAUCCACGGAUCCAAAACGACUUCGUGAACUUGGCAAACCAAUUGCAUUCUACUCACGGUGACAGAGCUCGGUUGUUCUAACCUACGAUGAACCUCUUUCCCAUUUGAUAUACGCAGGGGCUGACUUUAUUCUUGUACCGUCCAUAUUUGAGCCGUGUGGGCUGACACAGCUCAUAGCCAUGAGAUACGGCUCUGUUCCUGUCGUAAGAAAAACUGGAGGACUCUACGACACGGUUUUUGAUGUGGACCAUGAUAAAGAAAGGGCACAAGCUCAAGUUCUAGAACCUAAUGGCUUCAGCUUCGACGGGGCUGAUGCUCCUGGUGUGGAUUAUGCUCUCAAUAGGGCGAUAUCGGCUUGGUACGAUGGGAGAGAGUGGUUUAACUCACUGUGUAAGACGGUGAUGGAGCAAGACUGGUCAUGGAAUCGUCCUGCACUUGAGUACAUUGAGCUCUAUCACUCUGCACGCAAGUGAGAAAAAGGAUAGUAGAAAAUUUAUCUUUGUAUGUACAGAAAUUAGCUUUUGGUUCUUUCUUUCUGUUAAUGUUCCCAAAGAAUUUAAAGUAAUUCUGAAUAAAAUAAAGAUAAGCAAAGUUUGUUUAUCACAUA